UACUAAGAUUUGGAAAAAAAUUGCUUUCCAAACUUUAACUCCGUUUCUCCCUACAGCCACGCUGGGAGGCCAGGUGCAGUUAGGAGCAGUCCCGUUUUACAGAAGAGGAAAGCGAGGCCGACUUGGCCCAGACCGUGCGCGUCUGCAGGCGGCACCCUCAUUUCGUGAUGCUUUGCACGGGUAGGGGUGCCUCUAAGCCCUGAAACCCAAUGCUCGUCCGUCCUGACCCUGGCUGUGGAGUGAUGGAGGGAACUUUUGCCCAGGGCCCUGUUCUCUGUGAACCUCUUGUCUCUCCGGGAUGCCCAGGCCGGACCCUGCUCUUCUCCCCAGCUAUGAAGUCUUACACUCCAUUUUUCGUACUCCUGUGGAGUGCUGUUGGACUAGCAAAGGCUGCCAAAAUCGUCGUUGUGCCGCCAAUUAUGUUUGAAAGCCAUAUGUACAUUUUCAAGACCUUAGCCUCUGCCUUACAUGAGAGAGGCCACCAGACGGUGUUUCUCCUGUCCGAAGGCAGAGACAUCAUGCCAUCUAAUCAUUACCGACUCCAGCGCUAUCCAGGGAUCUUUAACAGCAGCACCUCAGAUGCUUUCCUACAGUCAAAAAUGCGGAAUAUUUUCUCUGGGAGACUUACAGUAAUAGAACUAUUCGACAUACUGGACCACUAUUCUAAGAACUGUGAGAUGAUGGUUGGCAACAGUGCCUUGAUGCAGGGCCUGAAAAAAGAAAAAUUUGAUUUGCUGCUGGUCGACCCUAAUGAGAUGUGUGGAUUUGUUAUAGCUCAUCUUUUAGGGGUGAAGUAUGCAGUAUUUUCCACAGGUCUUUGGUAUCCUGCUGAAGUGGGGGCUCCUGUGCCAUUGGCUUAUGUUCCAGAAUUUAAUUCGCUUCUCACAGAUGAUAUGAACUUUCUGGAAAGGAUGAAAAACACCGGCGUUUACCUCAUUUCCAGAUUAGGGAUCAGCUAUCUAGUUCUUCCAAAAUAUGAAAGGAUAAUGCAGAAGUACAACCUGCUGCCGGUGAGAUCCAUGUACGAUUUGGUUCAGGAGACCAGCCUGUGGAUGCUGUGUACAGAUGUGGCACUCGAGUUCCCAAGACCCACUCUACCUAAUGUUGUCUACGUGGGAGGAAUUCUAACCAAACCAGCCGGCCCACUACCAGAAGAUCUCCAAAGAUGGGUAAAUGAUGCUAAUGAACAUGGUUUUAUCCUGGUGUCUUUUGGAGCUGGUGUAAAGUAUUUAUCAGAAGAUAUCACCCGAAAACUGGCAGGAGCCUUGUCAAGGUUGCCUCAAAAGGUGAUUUGGAGGUUUUCUGGACUCAAACCAAAGAAUCUUGGGAAUAACACAAAACUCAUAGAAUGGCUACCCCAAAAUGACUUGCUUGGACACCCAAAUAUUAAAGCCUUUCUUAGCCAUGGGGGCUUGAACAGCAUUUUUGAAACUAUGUACCAUGGAGUCCCUGUGGUGGGUAUUCCACUCUUUGGAGAUCAUUAUGAUACAAUGAUCCGAGUCCAGGCAAAAGGCAUGGGGAUAUUGCUGGAAUGGAAGUCAAUGACUGAACAGGACUUAUAUGAAGCCUUGGUGAAGGUUAUCAAUGAUCCCAGCUACCGUGCACGUGCCCAGAAGCUAUCAGAAAUUCACAAGGAUCAGCCUAGUCACCCUGUCAAUCGGACUGUCUAUUGGAUUGAUUACAUUCUCCGUCAUAAUGGAGCACACCACCUACGGGCCGCUGUCCACCGCAUCUCUUUUUGUCAGUAUUUUUUACUGGAUAUUGUCUUUGUGCUGUCACUGGGUGCUGCCUUACUCUACUUCCUUUUGGCAAGGAUGGUCAAAUUCACCUACAAACAAAGCACACGUCUCUGGUCUAGAAACGAGCAUAGCACUAUUAAUGGACAUUACCACAAUGGAAUCCCCAAUGGCAAGUAUAAAAGAAAUGGCCACAUUAAACAUGAGAAGAAGGUGAAAUGAGCCAACCCACCUGUGUUAUCUCGAGGAAUCGGUUCGGUAGUUGAAUUUUUAUCACUGUAACUUAGUCUAACAGCUACUUAAAGGAAAACCUCAGUAAACAAGUCUAACACUCCCCUAUGUAAUCUUACAGGAUGACAUUCUAUGGAACUAAGAUGUCUUUAAAAAAAAAAGCACAAACCUAAAAUGCAAAAAAAUGUACUUUCUUCUUAAUACUGAUGCAGAGAGGAUAUUUUGGCACUGAAAUUUUUAGCCUUAAUUGUUUGAAUCAGUUGAAUGACCCUAAGAGUUCUUAGUUAUAAAAACAUUGUGUAUGUAUGAUCCAGGUAAGAAAUUUUUUGUCCUCAAAACAGUUUUUGUUUUUUUUAAUGCUUAUCUCUUAAUUGAGAUAUUUCAGCUAGCUACAUAUUAAAUUUAUUGAAGACACAAUACUCCUAAGAAUGAGACUGAGAAUAAGGCCAUGAUCCCAGAACGUUUGGCACCCAGAAAUUGAACAAGUUGUAGAUUGAGACUACUAUUAUUGAAAGAAUGUUUCCUUCCUAAACUUAACACUGAAGGAAAGAAAGAAAUAGCAAUGAUCUUUUUAUUAUAUAUGUACUCUUUUGGCCUCUGCUAUUGAAAACAUGAAAUUAAGUAAGGGUACAAAUGAUUGUCACUUGAAAGAUGUACACAUUUUAUUUUCUUCUUGUGUUUUUCAUUUACCAACAACUUUCCUCUGGAAAAAUUUUAUGAUAUUUUUAAAAAAUUAAUUUCAACUAAGAGCACAGACAUGUUGAACAAUACAUAAUUAAGAAGUGAAGCUCUGACAACAAUGUCCUCACAGAAGGUUUGACAUUGUAUACAUAGCAUUGUGAAAGGUUAUUCCCUCUCUCUUUCUCCAUCUUUUUCUUUCUGUCUUUGUCUCUCUUUCCAUUCCUUCCUUCCUUUCUUCUUUCUCUCUUACAUUCUUUUUUUUAUGGGGGGGAUUGGUAUAUAAAAAUAUUUCACGUCUUUCCUAUAAUAGGAUAUUUAUACCUAAAAUUUGUUCCAUUUGAACAGUUCUGUAUUGAAGAAAGAAAAAAAAACAAGUAAGCAUCUUCUUUGUUCCUUAUAUUGGUUCGGGCCACACUAUAUUCAUUACAUCAUUGCCAAUAUUUAUUGCUCUCAAAACAGCACAAGCAGUUCUCUUGGUCAGUAACUGCUUUUUGACAAGAGGUUUCACAUCAAACCCUCUGUACCACAUGUAAAGAGCAUGGAGACAUGUCCUUCUCUUCCCAACAUGAUCUCCUGUUGCCCCCUUCCCCUGACAGUCUCUUUCAAUCAUUGUGGCUGACAUGGGACAUCAACAGUAUUGAAUUGAGAACAGGGAUGCAGGAAAUUGGGCAGAAUAAAACCCAAACCAUCCAUCCUGCUGAAACCUAUCAUGAUUGGCAACUAUGAGUUUAUUUCCAUGUCACUCUGUUUACUUGGUGUUUGCACUACAGAUGCUGAGUGUAUGCUUUAUUUAUAUAUAGUUUUAAAUCCAGUGUCUCACCAAGGGGAGGGAAAAAGAACCAUUUAUUUAGUGCUGUUCACUAACAUGGAAAAUGUUAUGAAAAUUAGAUAAGAGUAUGGAAGAAUCAUCAUACACAGUGACGCGACAUUUCAUUACCAAUCCCACUAGGAGCCACCAUCCCAUUGUGCAAGUUCAUGUCAGAAAUAGGUUUCUGAUGUACAGUGCAGACAAGUAUGCUGCUUUCUGAAUACUUGAAGAAAUGGUAUUAUAAAUAAGCCUAUUAGCUUUGCUUUUUUUUUUCUUUUCCUUUUUCCUUUUUUUACACUCUUUGCAUGAUGGGACAAUUACAAGAGCAUGCACAAACACAGGCAAUGAUUGGUGGGGUGGUAAUAGGACUUAGAGUGUAUGAAUGAAUGUGCUGGUUUUACUGUUUUUGGUACUGAAGAAAUUAGCUAGUACAAGCACUGACCGGAUGAUUAAGCCUGUUAAUCUCCACUGUGAUAAAACAAACAAACAACUUAAUAAACGUGAAUUUAAUAGAGAAAAA